AUGGGUCUUCUUUUCAACGUCCUUCUGGCGGUAUUUGCCGCCAAUGGCAGUUUCCUGUUCGGUUAUGAUGCCGGUGUGAUGACAAUUGUUAUCCAGUCGCCGCACUUCCUACACUUCUUCAAUACGACCGUUGAGUCAAACAUUAUAGGUGCCAUCAAUGCGACGUUCUCAGGCGGCGCGGUGUUUGGUUCCCUGAUGGGAGGUCUUACGAUGGACAGUCUUGGUCGCAGGAAGACAAUUAUGGUCGGUGCGAUCAUCAAUCUGGUUGGUGCUUUACUACAGACCGCAGCUCAGCAUCUCGCAAUGAUCCUUGUUGGCCGCAUCAUGGCCGGCUGGGCUGUUGGUAUCCUGUCUAUGUCUGUUCCGAUUUAUCAGUCCGAAUGCGCGCAUCCGAAGAAACGAGGUUUGAUUGUCGGUAUUUCACAACAAAUGAUUGGCAUCGGAUUCAUCGUCUCGACUUGGGUGGGUUACGGGUCAUCGAAGGUUCCUCAGACCAGCUCGUUCUCCUGGCGCUUUCCGCUCGCAUUUCAAUGCGUCCCAUGCCUUCUGCUCAUCUGCGGCAUUAUGUUCUUUCCAGAAAGUCCGCGCUAUCUCGUUGAGACUGAUCGUAGUGAUGAGGCGUUAAGAGUUCUGCACAAGUUGCACUACAACGGCAGCAACGAGGACUGGAUCAAUCAGGAGUUCAAUGAGAUCAAACUCACCAUCGAGGCUGAGAAAGCUAUCACAGCGCCGGGUUGGGCUAUCAUGUUCAAGGUCCCAACUUGGCGCACCCGCUUGCUACACGCGACCUCUAUCCAGCUUUUUGGCCAGAUGACCGGUAUCAACGUGAUCGGCUACUAUCAGACUAUCAUGUACCACAAUCUGGGGAUCGAGGGUGACCGCGCGUUACUCGUAACCGGCAUCUACAACGUGGUUGGCCCAAUCUUCAAUUUGAUUUUCAUCACCUUCUUCCUCGACCGGGUUGGCAGAAGGAAGCCUUUGUUGUUCGGAACGAUUGCAAUCACCAUUGCAUUAAUCUGCGAAGCCGGUGUGGGUUCGCAAGUCAAGAACGCCACUGGUUCUCGCAAGGAUGCCCUAUCUGCUGCCGGAGUGUUCUUCCUGUUCCUAGUAUCUUGCAUCUUCAGCGUAUCAUUCGGUCCGAUAUCUUGGGUUUACGCUUCAGAGAUCAUGCCACUGAGUAUUCGUGGUCGUGGAUCGGCUUUUGCAACAGGUAUUGGCAACUGGCUCGUCGGCACGGUAUGGUCGCAAGUGUCACCCAUCGGCUUGGGAACGGCCGAGUGGAAGUUCUAUUUCAUCUUCGUGGCGUUCAAUCUGGUCAUCACGUUCCCAUGCAUCUUCUUCUUCUACAAGGAAACUAAAGAAUUGUCUCUUGAGGAGAUCGAUCUGCUUUUCGGGGACCGUGCACUUGGCACUUUGCCCGAUGAUCUGGACGACAAGCAGAGAGAGAUCGAGUUGGAGAGGAUCGAGAAUGCAAAAAAGAUUCUCGCGAAGGAUCAGGUGACCGCAGUUCCCGGGCACUAG